AUGGCUCAACAGCCCCUCUGCUGCGGCAAGGUUGCAUACAGCGCCCAUGCCUCAUCAAUUCUUUGGGCGACUCCCACUGGGAACUACGUCUUCGUGAAUGGAGUACAGUCAGGUGUUGGAACUUUGCCAACAGGAAACCUGCGCAUUGCGUCUGACAAAGUGAACGCUAAGUAUUUCUACGCUGCGGAUGGGAAUAGUUUCUACGUGUCCAAGGACGGCGGUUUGACACUCGCAAUUUCAGCCGCUAUCUCUAACAAUGGAGCAAAUUCAAUCAAGGUCCACCCCGCAGUAGUCGGCGACGUGUGGUUUUCGACUUCCAGUGGCAUGUAUCACUCCACCGACUUUGGGGCGACAUUCACCAAGAUUGCUUCAGUAUCAGCGAGUUAUGCCAUUGCCCUUGGAAAAGGGACAGGCUCCUACCCAAACCUCUACGCAUUCCUGACCACAACCACUUCCGGAAGCAACAUUCUCGCUCUGAGCACAGAUAAGGGCGUUUCGUGGACUCAGAUCAAUGAUGCACAGCACGGCUUCGGUGCCGCCAGUGCGAACUGCUUGGCUGCGAGCUGGGAUACAGUUGGCGAGGUCUUCGGAUGGUGGCAGUACUCCGACCACAACCGCAAAGACAACCUCCACUACGACUUCCAACCCCACGACCUCUAA